GUCGAACUGGUGUAUAACUACAAUUCUUUAAAACAAAAGUUCAAAAUUGUCAUCGUGAAGCUGGAGAUUCUUUCUGGGGCCGGUCCAGAUACUGCUGGUGGAGAUAUCGAUAAAUAUCUCGAUAACUUCUGCGUAUGGCAAGAACGAAACAAUCCCUCAGGAUCGUCUGAAGGACAUUGGGAUUAUGCUAUUUUAUUGACUGGUUUAGAUGUGUACAAGGAAGCUAACACAAAAGUAAUAGAUGUAUGGGGUGGUUGUUGUUCUCACUGUGCAAUCAGAUACAAGACUCGGGUGGAUUAUUUGGGUGCUCAACAUGAUGGUUACGGAAACUCUUGCGAUAAGGACGCCUUUCUAAUGUCAGCAAAAACCGGAGCUGGUAAAGUCUCAUGGUCAUCCUGUAGCAAUUUGUAUAUCCAACACUUUUUCAGCAAAGGCAUGGGAAACUGCCUGUCAGACGACUCUUCGUCACCAUCUGUUAACCUUGUCCACACCGCCAGUGGAUUACUUCCAGGUGAACAGUAUUCUUUGACGGAACAGUGUCAGCUAGCCAUUGGACCUGGACAUACAGCUUAUCAGAAGUCAGAAGAUCCAUUUAAUGACGUAUGCAAAGAAUUAUGGUGUCGAGAGUUAGAAUGGGCUCGAGCAUCUCAUCCUGCAUUAGACGGUAGUUCGUGUGACAAUGGAAAGUGGUGUCGGGAGGGAAAAUGUGUAGCUAAGGUCGACCAAACAACGAUCUCGGAGAACAAUAACAUUAACCUAAAGAAUGGUCGACGAUAUAAUGAUCGGAAUCUUUCAAACCUCGAAGACUUUCUAAGUAAAACUCUAGAUUUUGUUAUGGAUUUCUUUGGAUAAAAGGAAACUUGUACAAAUAAGGAUAAGUUAGAUAUUAAUCACGUUGUUUGGUACUCGUGCUUGUUUGUUUCUUAAUUCAAAUUACAUCAUAAACGUUUCCAAUGACACAAAGUAAUUCAUCCUCCUCUGUAACAGUGUGAAGGGCCAUCUACUGGAAUAACAAAGGCUUCUUGAUUACGC